CUUUGGAGUAAAGCGGGUUAUUUUGCCAUCAACAAGGAUGGCGGCUAUAGAGAUGUUUGGGGGAAUGGCGUGAAGGGUUGCCUGGGAGCAUUCUCCAGCUGGCGGGGAAAGGCCCCAGGAUUUGCUGGGGACCCCCGAGACAAAAGAAAGGGGAUAUUAAACUCGUUCUGAUGUUAUCACUAAGGCACGCUAAUUGAACUUCAUACAUUAUCUAGAAGAGGACCUCUCAUGGAAUGGUGGUUGUGGUCUUCUGGGUAUGCUCUGUCCACUGAGUAACCAUGGACUCCAAGGAGAAGUGUCAGGAUGAAAUGACUUCAAAUUUGGGUCUGACCACAACGAAGGCUCUGACUACACUGAGAGACCAGCUGUCGGCACUUCUGGAGGGGCAUCAGAAGGAAAGGAAGAAGGUGAUUUCCUGGAAGGAGGUGUGGCGAGCCAGUUUCCUGCACCAUGGCAACCGCUGUUCCUGUUUCCAUUGGCCAGGGGCAUCCCUGAUGCUGCUGACAGUGCUGAUACUAUUAUGCUGUUAUGGGAGCCAACCACAAGGAAGUGAAGGUUCUGAAAUUGUGAAUGCCUUGGCCCUGUUCCUCUUGGUGCUGCUCGACGUCCUCUUGAUUGGACGGCAAGAGAGGCUAAAGCGCCAGGAGGUCGAGAAGAGACUCCGGGACAUCAUUGGCAGGAUAAAUGAUGCCUUGAAGGAUGGCAAAGAGCUGAGCUGGACAAACUCUAUGUACCCUGACCUUCACAUGCCCUUUGCUCCCUCCUGGUCACUCCACUGGGUCUACCGGGACGGCCAUCUUGUCAAUCUUCCAGUCAGCUUGUUAGUAACGGGUGAUGUCGUUGCCCUGAGGCCAGGGCAGGAGUCCUUCACUUCUCUCAGAGGGAUUAAGGAUGAUGAGCACAUUGUCCUGGAGCCUGGGGAUCUCUUUCCCCCCUUUUCUCCUCCACCGUCUCCAAAUGGGGAGGUGAAGAAGGGACCUCAGAAUCCACAACAGUAUCGACUCUUCCGUGUCACAAAAACACCAGUGAUUGACAAUGUCAGGUUAUGUUUAGACAUGGCUUUGUCACGUUCCGUGACCGCUCUGGAUAACGAAAGGUUCACUGUACAGUCGGUGAUGCUCAAGCUUGCCGUUCCCAUUGUGCUGAUUGGUUUCCUGAUCACCAAUGCCAUACGCUUUGUUUUCAUGGCUCCUGGAGUUGUCCCUUGGCAAUACACAUUGCUUCAGCUGCAGGUCAAUGGGGUCCUGCCCAUCCUCCCGCUGCUGUUCCCUGUCCUGUGGAUUCUUGCCACUGCCUUUGGUGAAGCCAGAGUCCUGGCCCAGAUGAGCAAGACCUCACCCACUUCCCUGCUGGCUAAGUUCUCAGAGGACACACUGAGCAGCUACACAGAGGUGGUAUCUACCCAGGAAAUGAUGCGGUGUAUCUGGAGCCACUUCCUGGAUGUUCUGAAGGGCAGGUCUCCAACCCUCACCUUCACCUCUAGUUUGCUUCACAGCCUGGGAUCUGUCACAGUGCUUUGCUGUGUGGAUAAGCAAGGAAUUCUGUCCUGGCCUAAUCCCAGUCCAGAGACGGUUUUGUUCUUCAGUGGUAAAGUGGAACCUCCUCAUAGCAGCCAUGAAGACCUGACAGAUGAACUCUCCACACGCUCCUUCUGCCACCCAGAAUUGGACGAAGAGCCCCACGAAAGGGACGCUCUGCUCUCGGGGCCUUUGUCAGACAUCGUUCACAUCACCAAUGAGCAAGACAGAGCGGAGUGGUCUAGCGGCAACACCCCAAAGUCUUCUGAGGCUCAUACUCACAAGAAGCCAACCAGCCGCAGCAAACACCCUUCGGGAUCCAAUGUGAGCUUUAGUAAGGACAUCGAGGGCGGGGAGGAGGAGCCCAUGCAGGUUGAGGCUGACAGCGAGGGCCUGGCAUGCGAGGCGGAAGACUUUGUGUGCGAUUACCACUUGGAGAUGCUGAGCCUCUCCCAAGACCAGCAGAACCCCUCCUGCAUCCAGUUUGACGACUCCAACUGGCAGAUGCACUUGACCUCCCUGAAGCCCCUGGGCUUGAACGUGCUGCUUAACUUGUGCAACGCCAGCGUGACGGAGCGCCUGUGCCGAUUCUCUGACCACCUCUGCAACAUCGCCUUGCAGGAGACGCACAAUGCCGUGUUGCCUGUCCAUAUUCCGUGGGGACUCUGUGAGCUGGCUAGGCUCAUAGGCUUUACACCUGGUGCCAAAGAGCUUUUCAAGCAGGAGAACUACUUGGCCCUUUACCGGCUGCCAUCAGAUGAGAUGGUGAAGGAGACGAUGCUUGGGAAACUCUCCUUCAUCACCAAAAGGAGACCACCUUUGAGCCACAUGAUCAGCCUUUUUGUCAAAGACACUACUACCAGCACCGAGCAGAUGCUUUCCCAUGGGACUGCUGACGUCAUCCUGGAGGCCUGCACAGACUUCUGGGACGGUUCGGAUAUUUAUCCGCUGUCUGGCUCUGACAGGAAGAAAGUGUUGGAUUUCUACCAGCGUGCCUGUCUUUCGGGCUAUUGCUCCGCCUUCUCUUACAAGCCCAUGCACUGCGCCUUGUCCUCCCAGCUCAAUGGGAAGUGCAUAGAGCUAGUGCAGGUCCCUGGGCAGAGUGCCAUCUUCACGUCCUGUGACCUCCCUGGGACGACGCCCAUCAAGCAGAACAGCCGGAGGAACAGCUGGAGCUCCGAUGAAGGGAUUGGGGAAGCGAUGGAGAAGGAGGACUGCAUCCAGGCUCUGAGCGGCCAGAUCUUCAUGGGAAUGGUCUCGUCCCAGUAUCAGGCCCGAUCAGAUGUCGUCCGCCUCAUUGAGGGACUUGUCAAUGCCUGCAUUCGUUUUGUCUACUUCUCCCUGGAAGAUGAGCUCAAGAGCAAGGUGUUUGCUGAGAAGAUGGGUCUGGAGACCGGCUGGAAUUGCCACAUAUCCCUGACACCCAAUGGAGAUGUGCCUGGUUCCGAAAUUCCUCCUUCCAGCCCCAGCCAUGCAGGCUCCUUGCGGGAUGAUCUACAGCAGGUUUCUCGAGAAGAUGCAGAGGGGCUUCUGCUGAUGGAGGAGGAAGGACACUCCGACCUCAUUAGCUUUCAGCCAACCGACAGUGACAUCCCCAGCUUCCUGGAGGAUUGCAAUAGGGCCAAACUGCCACGUGGAAUCCACCAGGUGAGGCCCCACCUGCAGAAUAUUGACAACGUGCCUUUGCUUGUUCCUCUGUUUACAGAUUGCACCCCAGAAACCAUGUGUGAGAUGAUUAAGAUCAUGCAGGAAUACGGGGAGGUCACUUGCUGCCUCGGCAGCUCUGCCAACUUGCGCAACAACUGCCUUUUCCUUCAGAGCGACAUCAGCAUAGCCCUGGAUCCUCUUUACCCCUCUCGCUGCUCUUGGGAGACGUUUGGGUACGCCACCAGCACUAACAUGACCCGUAUCUCCGAUGAGCUCACGCCUCUCCAGUUGUCUGGCCAGCUGAACAGCCUAUCGUGCUCCCUGACUAUUUAUCCAGAAGAAACCAUUGGGCUCAUCAGACUUAUAGAACAGGCUCGGCAUGCAACUUAUGGUAUUCGCAAAUGCUUUCUCUUCCUCCUCCAGUGUCAGCUGACUCUGGUCAUAAUCCAGUUCCUUUCUUGCCUGGGGCAGCUGCCCCCCAUUCUCAGUACCACCGACAUCCUGUGGCUUUCCUGCUUCUGCUACCCGUUGCUAAGUGUGUCCCUCCUGGGCAAGCCUCCUCACAGUUCCAUCAUGUCCAUGGCAACUGGGAAGAACCUGACCUCCAUUCCGAAAAAGACCCAGCAAUACUUCCUGUUCUGCUUCCUGCUGAAAUUCAGCCUCACCAUCUGCACCUGCUUGGUUUGCUUUGGCUACAUGCUGCAGGAUUACUGUGUGAACUUCAACUCCUCUGCCUUCAAUGUGAAUGUCACGGGCUGCUCCUCCAUCAUGCUGCACAGUAGUGCAGAAAGCUCCCCCGACUGGUUUGGAAAAUUUUCCAGCAUCCUUCUCCUGGCCCAGAAGUUCACUGCUGGGAUGAUUGUCUUACAUACUGUGUUUAUCUCUGUCACCCACGUCCAUCGUACCAAACCACUGUGGAAGAAAAGCCCCUUCACUAACUUCUGGUGGACUCUGACAGUUGUCAUUGUGCUGCUGGGCCAAGUCAUCCAGACCCUCCUGGACCUGAAGCUCUGGGUGAACCUCGAGUCUCCAGUGACCUACAAAAUGGAUGACAUUCCCAUGGCCUCCUGGCUGUUGGGUUUGCUCUCUCUUAUCCUUGUUGUGAUCAUCAAUGAGACUGUCAAACUCCAUGAAAUCAGGGUUCGUGUACGUUACCAGAAGAGGCAGAAGCUGCAGUUUGAAACCAAGCUGGGCAUGAAUUCCCCAUUUUAAUCCCCACAAGUAGGACGUGCCCUGGAAGGCCUGGGGGCUGCAUGUUCCCUUCUCACACAACCUUGCCACCUUGCUGAGAGAGGAAAGAAAAAGAGCACCCAGCCUCAUGUGUGAAUCCCUCUGGUCAGUGUGGAUCAGAAGAGGCCAACCGCUAAGAGCAGGGAAGAGCUACAUCUUGAGCGCUGCUGAAGAUUCAGUGCCUGGCAUAAAAGCAUUGGUGGGACAUGGACUGCUGCUAUUCCUUCUUUAAAAUUUAUUUUUUACACCUCCUUCCCUUGGAGCUCCUUGGGAUCCAGCAGAUUGACACCUUGGAUUGAAGAGCAAGGAAUUCUCAUUUGACACUCCCCCCCCCCCUGCCGUUCAUAAUUUGACUAGGUUAUUUCUCUUUGUCCUUCUUGGCCCACCCUUGACUUCCCUGUCAAUCUCAUCUGUUCAUUUGUUGCAAUGCUGCUUGCCCCAGGGCAUUCUGGGUAUAAGCGCUGCACCCACCCAGGAGGGAAUAGGAGCAGCUGGCCUGCUAGCUGGCCCUGCAGAAGUACCCCCCCACACACACA